CGUUGAAAGCCUAGCAUAUGCAGACUGGGUAAUGAGUUUUGGAUGAACGAAUCCGAUUUCAUUCCCCAACCGGCUUGCGGCAGUUGAACCACCGAGAAAGCGAAGAACAUUCAUCUAUACACACGAUUAACAUUAUGCGAAUUCUCUUCAGCGCCCCUGUCCUCCUCCUCGGCACAGUGUACGCCCUCCCCUCCAUUCAACACCAGCAUCACGCCAUCCCAAACGCAACCUGGGAGUUUUCCGUAUACCAAAAUGACCACUGCACGGGAGAAAUAACACUCUUCUCCGGAAGCAGAAGCACAUCGUGUCGCGACGCGAUUCUUAACGGCGGAGCGUUGUCCUACAUCCCAGACAAAAUCACUGAUUCCCAUUGCAGGGUGUAUCUCUUCAACGAUAACCACUGUUCUGGUAACCAGACGGUCAGCGUCUUUGGGAAGGGUAUAAGGCCGACCUGUCGGGUGCCGAGAUGGGGAGGAAGUGAGACCCAGAUCAAGAGUUUCUAUGUGAAGUGUUGAAUUCGACUUUUUCUUUACUCUAAGAACACUGCUUUGAGAAGUGGGUUUCUAUGGCGGAUCAGUGGGGACGUUGAAUUCCAUGUUUACGAAUAUGUACCAUGCUCUGCAGUUAGCAAAUUUAUGAUGUCAUUUAAUGAAAA